AUGGAUGUUCGUCAGUGUUGGGUAGAUUAUACGAGAACCAAAUGCCAUCUUUGUUUAAAGGCUCUAAACAAUCCGAGGACGUUACCGUGUCUUCACUCAUUCUGCCUAAACUGUCUUGAAAACUUAGUGCAUGUUGAUGGAACACAGCUUCAAGGAGAAGUCGAAUGCCCAACAUGUAUGUCGCCUUUCCAAGUCUCGGAAGAAUUCAUCGAUGAUUUACCCAUUCCAUUUCUCUCAGGUCGAUUUAAGGACACUUUAUUGAACGAAGUAAUUCAAGGAAAUAUUAUUUGCUCGAAUUGCGAAGGAGGUAUGGCUGCAAUCUCCUUUUGUUAUGUUUGCCGUCAUUACUUCUGCUUUCGUUGUGAUCAGGCUCAUCAUCGACUGGAGUACACGCGGGGUCAUCGUAAUAUCUUGCUUGAGAAUGUGCAUUCUUUGUUACGAAGAUUAGCUAUGUGCCGAGAAGAAAACCAUGAAGAAGAACCGCUGAGUUUAUACUGCCAGGAAUGCCGUAAAUGCGUCUGCCAAGUUUGUUAUGAAGAGAGCCACUGGCAACAUGUUGUUGAAAAUGUUCAGGAUGCUACCGAACCAAAAAAGCAACAGAUCAACGAAACCUUGGUGCAGUUAGAACGAGAGAUCGCUGCGUUGAAUGAAAAAAUCAAGGAAAGCCAGGAAACAUUUGAAACUAGGAAGGAAGAAAUCAACGCUGCACGUAGAAUUGUAGAAGCAUACGUGAAUGAAGCUAUUCGUAGUUUAGAAAAACACAAGGAAGCUAUGUUAACAGAAUUAGAUGAUAUCUAUGCAAAGCUACAGCAAAGACAUGCAGCCAAACAAGGUCAACUGGGGUUGUUGGUCCAGCAAUUAAAAAAUCCGGUAAAAUACGGAAAGGGCAUUCUGAAAAGGAAUUACGAUGUGGAAAUUUUGAAGGAACGAGAAGCUGUCAUCAAUCGUUGCGUUUACCUUUUGAUUUCAAGACAGGACUGGGAUUCAUUUCAGUUUCCUUGUGUGAAGUAUAUUGUUGAUAAAAAAACGUCAUUCGAGAAUGUUCGUGAUUUGCGACUGGGGCAAGUGAUCGUAAGUAACGCUGGUCCUAUUGAGAGUCCCUCGAAUGUACAUGUCAGUUCAUUACCGGUGUACCAGCGAGCUCUUCAGCUGGAAUCCGAUGCUUACUUAGAUGAAAGUUCCUCCUCUAGUGGCAUUGCAGUAUGUGAAACUAGUGCAAACAUAGCCGUAGCUGAUCGUUCUUUGGAUGUGCAAGUGACAGCUCCGCAUCAAUACGAGAGAGUUGGUCAACUGGGAUCUGAUGGUUUUGGGCAUGGAACCUAUUGGUCUCCUUGUGGCAUUGCAAUUUGUAAAACAAGUGGAAACAUAGCAGUAGCCGAUGACAUCAGGAGAAGACUCACUAUUUUUAGCUCUGAGAGCAAGUAUCUGAGACAUUUUGGCGACGUGCGCGAUCACUCUAAGAAUCUUAUGUCGCCAAAGUCGGUCGCAUUCCGUUCGUCUGGUGAAAUAGUUGUCGUAGAUUCUUGUAAGAUGAUACUCUGUUCCAACAGAGGCGUGUUUUUGAACUAUGUCUUGGGUGUUGCUUUGCCAGAAUCAGUUUCUACGUCAAGCAAUGGCCAAAUGAUCGUCUGCGACCAAAGGGAAGCUACUGUUAAAGUCCUCCAUGCAGAAGGAGGACUUGUUAAGUCAUUUUCAAGUGAUCGAACCUUAGAUGGUCAACCAUCUUUUGCCAUUAAGGACGGAGACAAGAUCUUUGUGUCGUAUCCAAAGGCACAUUGCGUGAAGGUUUUCAGUGAUAAUGGGGCGUUCCUCUACGAUAUUGGAACCAAAGGAUGUGAACGUGAAAUGCUGGACAAACCUCAGGGACUUGCAAUUGACAGGUUUAACAAUCUUGUGGUUUGUGACAGUAACAAAAGCCGUCUGCAAGUGUACAAACCAGAUGGAAGGCACGUUGCCACGGUAGAGGGAGAGAACUCUAAGCUGGUAUCUCCUCAAUUUGUUGCUGUCUCCAAGGAUGGACACUUGUUUGUUACCGAUUCAGGAUGGAAAAGUGGACAACCGUUUAACCUUGACGCCAAACGGACUUGUAUUCAUAUUUUCUAUUGA